UGGUCUCCAGCCAUAAACACCCAAACAACGGGCAUCUGUCCGGGGGGGAGCAGCGCAGCAUCGCGUCGGUGCUGUGGUUUCGUUAUCAGCAGGUUUUCCUUCUUGAGUGACGCGUUGUAAUCACACGGUGGCUGAUUCCUCUGGCGUGACUCGCUGUGGCCACUGACGAUCGCGCAUCUGGAUUUGGCUGAGCAGCCUCCGCUAGCUAGCAUACAAGCUAACCAGUGUUGUCCCCCCCCCUCCUCCUCCCCCUCCGCUGCGGUUCAUCCGACUCGGUCGCUCUCAGCUAAACGUCGCUGUCAGUCUCAGCUAACGACCAGCAGGCUCGUGUGGUGGCUGGCGCCGGAGGAGUGGACAAAAAUGUAAAUUACAAUGGGGCCGAAGAGACGGGAACUGGCGGUGCCAGUGAUGGCCUCUCCCCUCCCUGUCUCGUUCAUCCUGGGGUUCCUGCUGCUGGCAAAGUCGCCCUUGUGCCAGGCAGGGGACUGCAAGGGCCAUCGUCAGGUGCUGAGGGGAACACCAGGAUAUGUCACUGAUGGCCCAGGAAACUACUCUGUCAAUGGGAACUGCGAGUGGCUAAUCAAAGCUCCCAGCAACAGUCACCGCAUCGUCUUGAAUUUCACCUUCAUGGACACAGAGUGUACCUAUGAUUACCUCUUUGUGUAUGAUGGUGACUCCUACCAGAGCCCUCUCCUAGCCAGUCUGAGUGGCAACACUCUGCCUCAACCCAUUGAAGCCAAGUCUGGCAAGAUGCUGCUUCAUCUCUUCAGUGAUGCUAAUUACAACCUCCUUGGUUUCAAUGCAACGUACACCUUCUCUUUGUGCGCUGGAGCGUGUGGUGGUCAUGGCCGCUGUGAUUCCUCGACAUCAAAGUGCCAAUGCCAUCAGGAUUGGGGAGGAGCAGCGUGUACAACCCCUCUGUGCUCCAAAGACUGUUCUGUGAAUGGCCAGUGUGACAAGAAAGGAGAGCGCUGCCUGUGCAACGCAGGCUUCCUUGGUCAUAGCUGCCAGCUUGAUCUCCAUGAUGACAACGGGGUGGGGCAGUGGUGGCGUGUGAGUGAAGGAAACCCCUACACGCCACCCAGGACAGGUUCUGCUGGCGUGUAUCUAUCCUCCACUGCCGCCAUGUACUUGUUUGGAGGGUUUGAUCUGAACAGAGCUCUCGGUGACCUGAUCAAAUACAAUUUCACGUCCAACCAAUGGGAAAGCAGGUCUUACGGUCACUAUCCUGUUGCUCGUCAUUCCCACACAGCAGUGGAAUGGAUGGGUAACAUGGUCAUCUUUGGUGGAGAGCUCGCCAACGGCUCCCUGGCCAGUGAUGUCUGGAUGUAUCGCCCACUUCAAGAUGACUGGCAACAGCUCGGCUUUUCAAGUACACGUGGGGCUCCUAGACUCGCUAAUCACGCUGCAGCUGUAGUAGAAGAUUAUCUUUACAUUUUUGGAGGUCGCACUGAGGAGGAUAUGUUUUCCUCUUCUCUGUAUCGGUUCGGCCUGCGUGGUUCUGGGCGGUGGGAGACGGUUCAGCCCACUGGUGGGAAACCCCCAGCCACCGCUGGUCACUCCAUGGUGUUCCACAGCCCCUCCAGGACAUUGCUGGUCUAUGGAGGCCACCGCCCCACGACCGCCAGGUUUAGUGUGAGGGUGAACAACACUGAUGUGUUCCACGUGGACAGACGGUUUUGGACAUCCUUCCGUUCCCGUUUCCCAGCAACAGGCCCCAGAGAGAGAGCUUUCCACUCAGCCACUGUCAUUGGAAAUUACAUGGUGGUCUAUGGGGGUAAUGUACAUAUUCACUACCAUGAGGAGAAGUGCUAUGAUGAGGAGAUCUUCUUCUACCAUCUGGGUUGUCAUCAGUGGGUGUCUACUGGGGAGAGAUGGUCACUCCGUGGGGAUGCAGUGCGGGGGCGUUACUCGCAUGUUGCUGCUGUGAUGGAAGGACGAGUGCUGCUGGUUGCUGGGGGUUACAGUAGUGUUGCCCGUGCAGACCUGGUGGCUUACAAAGUUCCGCUGUUCGUCAGUAGUGAUCAAGGUGACAGGGAUGCUGUUUGUGCUGAGGCUCUAGAUGAAAGCAUGUGCCUCAAGAACCCAGAGUGCAGCUGGUGUGAAGGCCGCUGUCGAGAGUACCAACCCACUAAUCCGUGUGGCAGUACUGGUUGCCUGGGCUUGGCGCGCUUCCUGUCUGAUUGCCAGUCCUGUCUCGUGUUCAGUGGCACCCCAGCCUUUCUGGCCCGUGCCCCUGGUGAAUUUGGCUGGUGUGUUCAGAAUGAGUCCUGUCUACCAGUGUCAGAGCGAAGUGCGUGCCGUGUGGACCAGAUCUCAGGGGCGUACGGCUGGUGGGGGGAGCGUACCCUUUUCCUAACCUCCCUCCACUCCUGUCGCACCGAGAACUUUGUCCCGGGACUGCACCUGCUCACCUUCCAGCACCCCCGCAACGACUCCCAGCCUGACAAGGUUUCCAUCCUCCGCAGCACCACCAUCACCCUUAGCCCCACCACAGAAAUGAACGUAGCCCUACAGUUCAGGGGCUUCAUCCACCCAUUGUGGGGUGCUCCUCCACCUGCAACCCCUCCCACCGAUACUGUCUCCAUGUGGGCUCGCAUCCAGAGGCUCCAUUUUGAGGCUCAAAUGGCAUCAGGUCCCAACUCAAGCCAGCUGGAGGUGGUGGGUCGUUGGGCAGCCCAGCAGGAGAAGGACUUGAAGCCUCUGAGUCGCACAGAUGGCAGUAAACUGUUCUCUAACCUGACCAGGGGCAACCAUUACCUUGUUCAGGCUGAGGGUUACCUUAAUAACUCGGGUUCGGGACAAACCAGUGAGAUGGCUCUGAUCUGGAACAGAACAUUGCCUGGAGGGAGUGAAAUCUCCUUCCUGUUCUUGGAGCCGUACCGCUCAGGUUCCUGCUCAGUGUACAUGUCCUGUCUGGCGUGUCUGUCCGACCAGUCUUGUGGCUGGUGUCCGUCUUUGUCCCGGUGCCUGCUGCGGGACGGCCCAGACCUUGAAUCCUGCCCCGAGAGAGAGAUGGGUGAGGAAAAUGAAGAUCAACGCCAUCUGCUGUUGUCACCCCAGCAGUGCACCUUGUGUGAAGAGUACAGAGACUGCUCUGCUUGUACUCAGGAUCCUUAUUGUGAGUGGCAGAUAAACUCCAGCAAGAAAGGAGACUACCAGUGCAGUCGACGGGGAAGACUGGAUGGAUCCAUACGUGACCCAAGAGGGUGUCCUCGAGUCUGCAACCAGAGAAAGACGUGUGGUGAGUGCCUCUCUAACUCCAGCCAGUGUGCAUGGUGUGAGUCAGCCCAGGCCUGCUUCUAUUUUGCUGCCUACCUCACAAAAUACCCCUAUGGAGAGUGCAGAGACUGGUACGACAGCGUUCAUUCGGUUCCCCAGUGUAAACAGUGUUCAGCUUUGAACACAUGCACGGACUGUCUGCGAAUAUUCCAGUGUGGCUGGUGUGGUGACUACAACAAUCCCACAAUUGGAAAAUGUUUGAGAGGAGACUGGGCUGGAAUGGACGAUCCCUCUGUGUAUAACUGCAGUGUGGCUGUGGCUGAAGCACGGGCUGCCAACCCUGAGCCCCAGACCUCAGCCCCGCCUCGACCCCUGGAAAUGGAGAUGGAGCUGGAGCUCUUGGAAGACGAAGAGCAAGAUGCAAUCUGGUCCUACCCCACCUGCCCAGAUGUUGAGGAAUGUAGACUGGGUCUCCACAACUGUCACCUUUUCGCCACUUGCAUUAACACUCCCACCUCCUACGAGUGCCACUGUGAGAGAGGAUACACAGGGGAUGGCACAUUGCACUGCAACCAGACGUGCUACAAUGAAUGUCGCGAGGGUCAAUGCAGUGGGAGUCCACGAUUUGAGUGCGAGUGUUCCCUGGGCUGGACGUCUGACCCCGCCACCCUGGUUCUGAGUGGUGUUGAAUGUGAUGUGGAUUGUGGCUGCAACUUCCACUCCACCUGUAUUACUGCUCCGGGUAUCUGUGACGAAUGUCAGGAUUGGACGACAGGGCCUCACUGUGAGCACUGCCGUCCAGGAAGCUUUGGUUCAGCCCUGGCUGGUGGCAGCGGCUGUGUUCCUUGUGAGUGCAAUGGCCAUGGCGACCCAGUCCAGGGCUACUGUCACAACCAGACAGGCCAAUGCUACUGCACCCACAACACUCAGGGACCACACUGCGAGUCAUGUCUGCCUGGUUACUAUGGAGACCCCAGGAACAACGGCACAUGCUACCGCCAGUGCCAGGGCCGUUCUGUACUGCUCUCCCCCACCUCGUCGUCCACCAUGCCUCUCUCCUCGUCGCUGGGAUGGCGAAGUGGCACAGAAGGGAAAGGAGGACUUUCUCAUUGUCUGUGGGUUCUGUCUGUGACUGAGAACCUGGCACCUUGUAUGCCCAGACAGCUGUGUCCCCCUGUAGCACUCACGCUACAUCCAGACUCCCACACAUUUUGUAAAAGCUCAUAUGUCUAUGUGUUUGAUGGCCUUCCUCGGUUUCUGGCCAAUGGAGUUGUACAUUCAGACCACAACCUGAUUGGAGCAUUUUGUGGCACGACAAGGACCCAGCCUAUCACAGUGGAGGCAACCUCAGGUGUGAUUUCAGUCUACUUUGAGGCCAACGUCUCGUCGAACAAACCUCAAGGCUUCAAUGCAUCUUUCUGGGUGCGGCGCUGUCACCAAAGCUCUGACGAAGGUGAUGAGGGGUCGCUUGUGUGUCCCGGUGGAGCACAGUGCCAAAGUGGACUCUGCCAGUGCCCGAAGGGAUACGGGGGACCCCACUGUGAUCGGCCCAUUUGCUCUCAGGAUUGUGGAAUAGCAGAGGGAAGAGGAGCUUGUAAUACGUCUCUGGGAGUGUGUGUGUGCUCAGACGGCUGGGCUGGCUCAGACUGCUCUGUUCCUCGAGACUCCAACAGCCUAGUCUGGGAAACACUGCUGGACACACAACUGACAGUGAAUCAGGCCCACAGGUUCCUCCACAGGAUGGGCCACUCUCUGCUGUCUGAACCACAGGGCAAUCUCUGGAUGUAUGGAGGGCUCUCUCUGUCAGAGGGCAUCCUGGGAAAUGUCUACAGAUAUUCUGUGUUGGAGCGUCGUUGGACCCAAAUGUUGACAAGCUCUGCCGAAGAGGGCUCGACUCCCAGCCCUCGCUAUCACCACUCCUCUGCACUGCUGACCAGUCAUGACUUGGGUUCUGGAAGCCACGGAGCCAGUCACAGUUUCAUGUUGGUGGUCGGUGGUGUCACUCAAAAUGGCGUUGCCAUGGAUACUUGGAGUCUCAACCUCAGCAGUUUAGUGUGGAGGGAACACAAGAACUCUGUGCUGCCCCCGGUGGCAGGUCACACGCUGACUGUACGCCGAGACUCCUCAGUGCUUUUGAUUGGAGGUUACUCUCCAGAGAACGGCUUCAACCACCAUCUACUGGAGUUCAGCCCUCAUUCUGGGAACUGGACCAUUGCCCUACACACUGGCACACCACCUACAGGUUUAUAUGGCCAUUCAGCAGUCUAUCAUGAGCAGACCGAUGCCAUCUAUGUAUUUGGAGGCUACCGCUUUCAUGUGGAGACAGUAGAGCCCUCAGGCGAGCUCUAUAGUCUGUACUACCCCAACCUCACCUGGUCUCUGCUGGUCCCCUCGCAGGGUAACAAGCCACUGUCCCGUUUCUUCCACACUGCAGCCCUGAUCAAAGACACCAUGGUCAUCGUUGGAGGAAGGACAGAAGCAGAAGACUACAGCAACUCGGUGUCUCUGUAUCAGAUCAACUGUAACACUUGGAUACAACCAGUCUCAGCUAUAGGAGAUCCAGUAAAUCGUUCAGUGUCUCUUGCUAUGACAAGCUGGGAUGGCUGUCUCUUCCUGUCAGGAGGUUUCAAUGGCGUCACACUGGGCAGACUUCUAACCCUGACUGUGCCCUCUGACCCCUGUGGGCUGCUGCCAACACCAGAGGCCUGCAACAGCACCACAGGCAGCUGUGUUUGGUGUAGGGGAAGCUGUGCUGCUUCUGAUACUGCUGAGAGAAUGGGCUGUUUCACUGGCCAGUCUCCCUGUUCCCCAACCCCCCGUCAGCCAGACCAGUGUCGAAGACUGAAAACCUGCAGUGAAUGCCUGGCUCGUCACCCCAAGACGUUCUCUAGUCAAUCACAGGCUGCUCUACAGUGUAAGUGGUGCACAAACUGCCCGGAGGGGGCCUGUAUCAGCAGCUCUGUUAGCUGUACGUCUGAACACGACUGUCGGAUCAACCAGAGGGAGAUCUUUCUGUCCAGCAACUGCACUGAGACCAGCUGCGAGGCUUCUGACUGCCCCAAGUGUACUGCUUCAGGAAAAUGCAUGUGGACCCGCCAAUUCAAACGUACAGGUGAGACCAGGCGCAUCCUGAGUGUGAACCCCACCUAUGACUGGACGUGUUUCAGCUACGCCUUGCUCAACGUCUCACCCAUGCAGGUGGAGUCUUCUCCCCCUCUGCCAUGCCCCCCCCCUUGUCACACACUUCAUAACUGCAGCCUCUGUCUGGGCUCGAGAGGCUCUGAUGGGGGCUGGCAGCACUGUGUGUGGAGCAUGGCACUGCAGCAGUGCAUGAGUCCAUCUUUUGUGCCCCUGCGAUGUGAGGCCGGUCAGUGUGGUCGUCUGCUCUCUGGGGGGGACUCUUGCUCUCCUCAGUGCUCCCAGCUCGACCAGUGCUCCCACUGCAUUGCCAGGCCUCAGUGUGGCUGGUGUGCUAGUCGUGGGGGCAACGGGGCUGGACGUUGUCUGCAAGGAGGACUUGAUGGGGUUAGUGAGGGUGUUUGCCCCCUGAGAAACAGCAGCUGGUCUUUCCUCCACUGUCCAGAGGAGGAUGAGUGUGCAAACAGCCAUCACCACUGCAACAGCACCCAGGACUGCCACAAUCUACCCCAGGGGUAUCACUGCACCUGCAAGCAGGGUUACAUUCUCAGCAGUAUUUCUGGUCAGUGUGAGCCAGUGUGUGCACAAGGCUGUGUGAAUGGGACGUGUGAGUCCCCGGGAGUUUGCCGGUGUCACUUUGGUUUUGUGGGAGAUAACUGCUCCUCUCAGUGCAGCUGCAACAAACACAGCAACUGUGCUGGUGUUAACAAGCCAGAUGUUUGUCUCGAGUGCCACAAUAACACCAUAGGUAAGCACUGUGAGAAGUGUAAGCCACUGUUUGUGGGCUCUGCCAAGGGGGGAGGAACUUGUCGUCCAUGUCGAGAGUUUUGCAGGGGGAACAGUGCUGUGUGUCUGUCCCGGGACGAACAUAAGAAGGCCCUUGAAAACCCACGGCUCUAUCCUCUGGACCCCAACAGUAUUCAGAACCGGGUGUCUGAGGGUCCAACAGAAGAGAAUGCUGUGUGUGUGAACUGCCAGAACAACAGUGUUGGGGACAAGUGUGAGAGCUGCCUCAGUGGCUACUUCCUGCUGCAGGGAAAGUGUGAGAAGUGUCAGUGUAAUGGCCAUGCAGACACAUGUAAUGAACAUGAUGGCACUGGUUGCCCCUGUCAAAACAACACAGAGACCUCCUCGUGUCUGAGUAGCCCUCAGAGUGACCGGAAAGACUGCUACAGGCAACAGUGUGCCAAGUGCAAAGACUCCUUCAAUGGAACACCGGUGAAUGGGCGUCAGUGCUACCGUCAGUUCAACGUGGACACCGAGUGCUGCUUUGACCCCACGUCCCAGACCAACUGCUUCCAUGAUCCCGCCAUUCGCAACCUGCCCAGGGGGCGGACAGUGUUUUUCGCAGCCCAGCCAAAGUUCACCAAUGUAGACAUUCGGGUUACCAUUGAUGUCACCUUCGGUGAGGUGGAGGUGUAUGUGUCCAACUCUCAUGACACUUUCAUAGUAGAUGUGGACAGGUAUUCAGGGAUUCACACCAUCAAGAUCGAGGAGGAAUCAGCAACUCGGGGAACAACAGCCGGGAUAGAUAAGGAUUCACCUCCGUCCCCUAUUAAGGUGUUUGCCAAUGCUUCUUCCAGUCUCGGAGGUCCCGUGCUUUCCCACAACCCACUGCAGCUGCAAGCAAAACCUCCAGGGGCUGACAGAGAAAUCACGGAGGAGCGGGCUGAAGGACUUAUCACCUACAUCACUGUUGGGAAACCACAGACGGUGCUAAUCGUACGUGGUGUUCGAGAUCGAGUGGUGAUCACUUUCCCCCACGAGGUGCACUCCCUGAAAUCCAGCCGCUUCUACAUUGCUUUAAGAGGUCUGGGAACUGACAACAAGCAGGGAGAGUCCCAGGGUCUGCUCUUUCUACGACAGGACCAAGCCCACAUCGAUCUUUUUGUCUUCUUCUCUGUUUUCUUCUCCUGUUUUUUCCUCUUCCUGUCUGUCUGCGUCCUCCUGUGGAAGGUCAAGCAGUUCCUGGACUUCCGUCGCGAGCAGCGUCGCCACAUUCAAGAGAUGACCAAGAUGGCAUCAAGACCCUUUGCUAAACUCACUAUAUACCUUGAACCAGAGGAGCCUCAGCUUAUCUAUCUGCCUUCAUCUGGAGGAGGGGUUGGGGGUAGCACUGUAUCACUUGCUCAUGCCCGCACAGGCAAGUUGGGAGGAGUGGUGGUGGGCCAGAGGGGCAGGGCAGGAGCUGUCUCCUACAAACAUGACCCGGGCUCCGGACCCACAGCCCACCACCACCAUCACCUUACCCUGGGUGGAGGAGGCAACAGCGGCCAGCACUUGCCGCUGCACUACCUGAAUACCCACCACUAUGCCAGCACCACCACUGGCACCCCUGCCUCACAUCAUCAUCAUCCAUCCACGUACAGUGGCUACCAGCAUUUUUGCCGCUCCGACCCCUUCCUCUCUCAGCUCAUGGGCUUUUCCUACUCCACCUUUAAGGUGGGACCCAUCACGCUUGAGCCCACAGAUGACGGCAUGGCUGGGGUGGCCACUGUCCUGUUCCAGCUGCCCGGGGGUGUCUUGGCUCCAAAUCGUGCCUGUCUGGGCUCUGCACUGGUUACUUUGCGUCAGAACUUGCAGGAGUACUGUGGUCACGGCAGUGGAGGGGGCCACCCAGGGGCGGGAGCAGGGCGCAAGGGGCUUCUAGGGCAUCAGCACCUGACCACUAUGGCUAUGUAGAGAAAAAGAUAUAAAUGAAAUACGACAGGAAUAAAAGAGAUGGGAUAAGUCUGUAAAUGUUUUGAUAUUAUAUAAUAAAUUAAUUUUUUUGAAAGAAAUGUGGCUGCAAGGCAAAGACAAAGUCCAAAAAAGAGUUUAGUCAGAGUCAGUUAACAUGAGCAUUUUGAACAGAGUUGUACAUACACUGUAUAAUGAAUUGUUAAGUGUCUUUUAUUGUGUUAUGUAUUGCUAUACUGUAUUACAGUGCUUCACAUGACCAAGCCAGCUGUCUUUGGAAUGCACUAUAACUGCUAUACGUAUCAACGAAACCGUGUUGCAUCCUGUCUGUGAUCACUAGAGGUAUGAGCGCACUCGACAGUCAGUCUCAUACAAAGACUGAAGCUGGACUGAUGUUAAAAAUUCUUCUCAUUGACCAACAGAGAUGUUAAGAAAGACAUCUGCUCACUUUGGAACCAACAUGUGCUUUAUAUCCCCAAAAAAGUGACAAUCAAAAUUGCCAUUGAGAACAAAAGACUAUUUAAAUUGCUUCUGCAUAAUGUGCAAAGUUUUGAUUGUCAGGAAAAAAAGGCAAAGUUGCUUGCAAGAUGGUUUUUAUAUAAUAGUUGAUAUGAGUGAUUUCUAACUGUAUCUCACUACAUGGCAGGCUUAUAAGGUAAUAUGUUUGUUAAACAGACUCCUGAGUAUGUUCUUGCAUAUUCAUUCACCUGCUAUGUUGCAUUAAUUAUUUGUUUUUCUGCUCAUUUGCCUUCACUUCUUGCCUUGUCUAUGAGUCAACUGGCUAACACUUGUUACUUGUGUUAAUGGAAAGGUGUGGUGCAGAUCCAGGAUGGCGUAAUAACAAUGACAUAUUGUUCCAUGACUUGUUUUUGCAAAGAAAAAUGAAGGAUAAUGUUUUCAAUCGGAGUCCUGGGCUCCUGACACUAUAUAAUAUUUUAAUAACAGAACACGUCCACAAAUUUGUGUCCUUUGGAUAAAUUAGAUUACAUUUUGUUAAAAUGAAAUGUAUGUUGGUGUUUGGCUAGUUUUACUGGACUUUCUUUUCCUUCAGGCAACGUGCCUGUGUAGAUGAUUGUAUCAGCCAAUCAUAGCUACAUAUAGAUCAAAACAUUUGGAUGUGGUAAACGGAAAAAAUAUUGUUAAUAAAUGUUGCUCUAUUGAAAUGGUUAUGGGAAGAGUUGUGUUAGAAAGUUCUCCUGGUGAGAGAUGAUGGAAAUCAUUUUUAUUUGAAAUGAGACCGAAUUACUUUUUCACUAACUGGUGUUGGUAUUUUUUUUGUUUUCUUUUUGUUUUUCCUUUUUGCACUGCAUGGAGGCAAUGAGCCCCAUUAUUCAUGUGAAACACUAAGAGUGAAUGUCGUCCAGCCUCCGAUGGCACAGUGUCAUGGAUGACCUCAGAGUGGUGCUACUGGCUUUCUAUAGAAUGGAAGAAAAGACUAAUCUCAUGGGAGGUUUUACCAUGAACUGAAUACUCACCGCAUUGUUACGCAAACUGAAGCUCAAAAAAGUAUUGUCACUAUUUAUAGCAGCCCUCCACAAAUAAGCAUUAAUUCUGUUGUGUUUUCGUCUCGUGUAUUUUUUUAAUAUACUUUAUUUUUGUACAUAACUUUUUGUUGUGUUUUUUGUUUUUCAAAGAAGGGAACAGUGUUGUACUAAAGGCUGUGCAGUGUUUCUCUGUCCUGAGUCGGCUGAAAUAAAGUCUGUGGAACAAGA